AUGCUUACAAACCAUAGUAGUAUUAUAAAUAGUAGUAAAAGAUUUAUAUAUGACAGAUAUAGUAGAUUCGGAUUAAAUGAAAAGGCUGAACUUCCAUCAUUUCAGAGUCCACUUGCUGUUUACAAUGAUUUGCUAGCUACUGAGCUAUUACCAAUAACACUUACUGGAUUUUCUACAACAAGACCACUAAGGAAUGACGAUUCUUGUAUAUUAAAUGUACCACAAAGAUCAAUAUUAGAUUCUGGUACUGGUAUAAAAGAGAAUGAUUAUUCAAAAGAUGUAAAUUAUGAGAUUUUUGAUCCAUUUGCCACUAUCCCAUUGAGAUCUGUAACCAUGGAACCAUCGUUUCUUUCAAAAGCUUGUGUAGGCAUGGAACCUAUAUCUAGAAGAAUUCCAAAAGGCCCAUUUAAGAUAUUAGAUGCUCCAAACUUACAAGAUGAUUUUUAUUUAAAUCUUGUAGACUGGAGCUCUACGAAUUUGUUAGCUGUCGGACUUAGUUCAUCUCUUUAUCUCUGGAAUGCAUCUACAAGUAAAGUAACUAACUUGAUGAGUUUACCCGAACAAGAUUUAGUUACAAGUGUAUCAUGGACUCAACAAGGAAAUCAUGUAGCAAUUGGAACUAGGCAAGGAUCAAUUCAAAUAUGGGAUGUUACAGUACAAAAAAAAGUUCGUACAUUAGGAGGUCAUAGAGCAAGAGUAGGAGCAAUGGAUUGGUGUGGUCCAAUACUAGCAACAGGAGGUAGAGAUCAUACAGUUUUAUUAAGGGAUGUAAGAGAACAAGAACAUUGGUGCAAUAGAUGGUUAGGUCAUAAACAAGAAGUUUGUGGAGUUAAAUGGAGUCCUAAUGAAAUGCAAUUGGCUACCGGAGGAAAUGAUAACAAAUUACUUAUUUGGUCUCAAGGAUAUGAAACACCAGUUUGCCAGUUUCAAGAGCAUACAGCUGCAGUCAAAGCUUUGUCUUGGAGUCCUCAUCAAUCAGGGCUCUUGGCAUCUGGGGGAGGAACAGCAGAUAGACACAUUAGAGUAUGGAAUACUGUAACUAACUGCUGUGUAAUGGCUGUAGAUACAGGAUCCCAAGUUUGUAAUAUUGCAUGGAGUGGAAAUGUUAAUGAACUUGUAUCAACUCAUGGGUAUAGUCUUAAUCAAGUUAUUUUGUGGAAGUGGCCAUCUAUGCAAAAAAUUGUUACAUUAACAGGUCAUACUUACAGGGUUCUAUAUUUAGCUGUGUCUCCUGAUGGUCAAACUAUAGUUACAGGAGCAGGUGAUGAAACUUUAAGAUUUUGGCAAAUUUUUCCAUCUGGAAGGCCUAAAGGACCUAGAAAUUUAGCUGCAUUAGCUGUACCACAUACUCCAGCUAUGCGAUAA